AUGAAUUCGACACUAUCACUCACCAAAGUUUCAACUAUCUAUCCUCGCAUUCAUUAUGAAGACAACUAUGCCUCACUCAAACCAAUGAUCCUCACCGUCUACUUUCCCGGGACAUUUCCAAGACAGAUUUUAGAAAGAAGUGAUAUUCCUGUCCACAUAUCAGUAUCUAUUGAUGAGGAGUAUGGAACAUUCACCACACCAGUCAUAGAGGUUGCAUCGCCAGACUUACGCCAUGGCGGUAGCUUGCUACACUUUUCAGGAGACUCGGAUGAUGUAAGUACACAUGUCCUUUCUAUGUCCUGUGACGACGAAACCACUAUAUCAUUCCUCCCACUUCCGCCUUCAUUUGACCAUAUCAAUCGAGCCGAUUGGGAAACAGUCUCCCGGCAAAUUCAGGAAUGGCUCACCAUGAAAGUUGACACAGAAUCAUCACUGUGGACAUGGGGACGUGAUGCUUUCUGGCUGGUGUUCAUCGCCGCUUAUCCGUCCUUCCCAAUGGGCAAGUGGCUGAUGUGGGAUCCUUGUAUUCCACUGGAGGGAUCGUUCAUCGAACAGUGGUUAGAGUGUUCGAACGAUGGUGGCAAUGAUGAGGAGGAAGUUCUGGCCCAAGACAAUGUAGUGAGCCUGAGUAAUAUUUGGAACGAAUUUUGUCAACACACUGCGCUCUUCUAUCCAUUUCCCCUCGUUUUCUCAGCUUGA